AAAUUCACUAUCGCGAUGUAUCGAUUGUUUUCGAUUAUUUACACACACACAUGUUGCAUAAUUUUCAUAUGAUUUUUCUUUUUUUUUAAAUUUUGUUUUUGUUGUUUUUUUGACAAUUAAAAAUCUUUCAUUAAAUCAAUUUGUUGUUGUUUUUCAUUAGUGAAUAUAAUCUUUAUUGUAAAAUGAAUCAAGAUAGACGAUAUAGAUCAAAUGUAAGAGGAGGAGGCCAUGGCCGUCGACAAAAUAUUUCAUCAACAAAAUCCAAAUCAAAUGAUCCAAGUUUGAAUAAAAAAUGUUCAUUUUUACGUGAAGAAUUAACAGUUAUUUUUACCGGUCUAAAUAAUCUAUCGGUUCAAGAUGCAAAAGAUUCUAAACGAAUCGUAGUUUUAUUGGAAAGUUUACAUUCAUUUAUGGAAUCGAAUAAAUCCUCAAUCAAACAUGAUGAUGAUAAUAAUAUCGAUGAUUUUAGUCAAGAAUUAUCCAGAUUAAAUCAAUUUCUAUUCGAUAUUAAAACAUUAUUAAAUAAUGUUGAUAAUUAUAAUGAAGAUUUAUUUAAUUUACAAUAUUUAAUGUUAAAAUCAUUUUAUAUUCUAUUAAAAGCGACAAAAAUAAUUAAUGAAUCAACAUUAUUUGCCGAUAUUCUUGAACAUUUAAUCGAUCAUUUGAUUCAGAUAAAAAUUAUGAUUUGUAAAUUAUCAUCUGGUAAUAAUCAACAACAGAAUAUUAUUACAUUAAAUUCAUCAUGUUUAUUACUUUUAAAAUGUAUUUAUUUUUUUUGUUCAAAAUUUACAAUAAUUUAUGGUAAUAAUUUACGUAAAACAAAUGUUUCGGGUAAAUUAAUUGGAAUAUUACGUUGUUUUAUGUUUUAUGGUCUUUCUAAAUAUGAUCUGGAAUCAUUCCCGGUUAAUCUUUAUCCAUCACCUUUAAGUCAAUUUAUGAUUAAAGAUAAUAAUGGUAGAAAACGACGAAAUAACAAUAACAACAAUAAAUUUGAUAAUGAUGAAAUUUUUGAUGAUACUCAUUUACCAUCAACAACAACGGCAACAAUUGAAUCAUCAAAUUUAUCUACAUCAGAAUAUUCAUCAUCCGAAUUGGAUGAAUCAACAAUUUCAACCAUAGAUACAAUAUUAUCAUUACGACGGGAAUAUCAGAAUAGGAAAAGUUUUGUAAAAAUUCGAAUGUUUUCCUAUGAAUGUUUACGCGUAUCGCUCGAUAUAUUCGAUAUUCGUACAGUAUUUGGUUUUUGGUCAUUUUUAUUUCCCGAUACAAAUUUAUCAUGGCCAUUAAAUGAUUCAACUGAAUUUAGUGUUUUGACAACCAUUUCAAAUGAUACAUCAAAUAGUGUACGAAUAUCAGCAUUAAAUUUUAUGUUUAAUUUUUUUGAUUAUAGUAAACAAUAUGUACAGAUUUUAGUACAAGAUUCAACAACAACAACAUCAAUUGGUGGUAAAUCAUCAUCAUUUACACCGAUAUCAGUUUCAUUGGCAACAAUGAUUAAAGAAUUACAUCGAUUUUUUCAUUACAUACUAUUGAAAGAAAAUAAUUGUUCAAUAUUAAUACUUUUAUAUAAAAUAUUAUCAUUAAUAAUAUCGAUAACACCAUAUCAUAAACUUUCGGAUGAUGAAAUUCUGAAUCAAUUAUUCAAUCAAAAUUGUUAUAUGAUUGAUAAUAAAGUAACACAAAUCAAAAAUUUAUCAUUAGCAUUAUAUGUAAAGAUUUUUAAUUUAUCAACAAUUCCAACCGGUUUAGAAUCAUGGAUUUUUGAAACAGAAUCCGGACGGAUUACAAUGAAUAAAAUAUUUAAACAUUGUUAUGAAUUUAUUGAUAAUCAAGAUUAUAUUUUAUUGAUUAUUGAAUCAAUCAAAUUAUUUAUAUCCAUACUACGACAUUAUAAAUUUGCCCGAAAAUUAUUAUCGAAAAAAUGUAUUGAAAAAUUUAAUGUAGAAAUGUUUUUUAUGAAAAUUUCAUUCAAAAUUAUUGAAAUGGAUAAAGCAUAUAAUAAUUCCGUAUUGCAAACAUUAAUGUGUAAAUUUAUACAUACGAUUGGUUUGUUUUUCAAGGAUUUAUCAUCCACCACUUGUGAAGAUGAUUAUAAAAUUUUUCCCGAUCUCCACACACAAGAAGAUUUCAUUAAACAAUGGUAUUUGAAGAUAAUUUCAACGAAAAUAUUUCAUAUUGCAUUGAAAGAACAAAAUUCAUUGAUUAUACAGAAUUCAUCACAAAUAACAUUAAUCAACGUUAUUUCGAUAAUACCGGAAAAUAUUUUUAAAUUAUUUAAUGAAAAUAUUCAUUUUGAAAUUAUAUCGAUAUUAAUUUCAUUAGCAAAAAUUGAUAAUCAUCAUGAUUAUGAUGAUAAUGUUAUUAACAACAACAAACAACAAAAUAUUGAUAAUGAAGAAACAGAUCUUUGGAUCUAUACAAAAUCAACAUCAAUUCGUUGUUUAAGUAUCAUACAAUCAUAUAAUUGUUUUUCCAAUGAUUUAACAUUGAUUUUAGAUUUAAUCGAUAUUUGUAUAAUGGAUGUAUUGAAUAAAUCGGAUGAUUAUUAUCAAAUGAUGAUGGCAAGAAAAAAACAAAUAUUUCUAUUUGAACAUAUACUUUGGUCAUUGGCAAAUAUAUUGGAUAAUGUUAAAAAAAGUGAAUCAUUACAAUCAUCGAUUGAAUUGAAAUAUUUUGUUAAUAUUUUAGAAAUAUUAGAAAAAUUUCAUUCAAAAUUAACAAAUUCAACGGAUGAUAUGUUGAUAAAUUUGGUUAGAAAUUCAUCACUGAUCAUUUAUUUGAUAUUGAGCAAACAAAAUUCUUCAGAUCAAUCGAAUGAAAUUCAAAUAAAUCCAGAUCAAAUUCAAAUCAAAAUGAUUAAAUAUAUGAAUGAAAUAUUGGCAGAAAAAAAAUCCUAUAAACUUCAAUGGAAUAUUUGUAUUGGAUUUUCAUAUUUAUUUCCAAUGGAAAAUUUUAUCAAAUUAUGUGAGGUUGAUGAUUUGAUCGACCGAAUAAUGAAUACAUUAUAUCAAACAUUUUUAAAUUCAAUUAAUCAUAAAGUACAAUCAUAUUCAAUUUAUACAAUAAGUUGUAUAUAUGAUUUGAAAAUAUUUGAAAAAUAUUUACCGAAAUUAUGGUCAUCAUUAACUAAAAAAUUUAUUGAAAAUUUAUUCAUUGUUCCCAUACAUAAUCGUCAUACAUGGUUAGAUAGAUUUAUAUUUGUAAUUGAAAAAUUUUUCAUUGAAUUUGUUCAACCAAAUGAUCAAGAUGAUCCAUUGGAUUUCUUUUUUCAUUGGUGA